GCGGUGGAAGGAUGGGUCAUAUUCAUUGGCGGCGUUCACGAGGAGGCUAGUGAAGAAGAUCUGCACGACACCUUUGCCGAGUUUGGUGAAGUGAAGAACAUCUACCUCAACCUGGACAGGCGAACAGGAUAUGUGAAGGGCUAUGCCAUGGUGGAGUACGUGACAAAGAAGGAGGCACAGGAUGCUAUUGACAACAUGAACGGCCAGGAGUUCAUGACGCAGCCGCUGCUCGUCACAUGGUGCUUUGUGAAGGCAGCAGCUCGGAGGCGUGCUGCACGAUGA